CUCGCCAUCGUCGUCCCUAGCUGCAGGGAACCAGGGGUCUGAGAGAGCUGGGGCUGCGUCCCUCCGAGCAGCUAGGCGUCAGUCUCUGCCUCCGGGACUCACGAUCGGUCUCGAUCCUGAGGUUCUUCUUGCCCUUCCCUGAGAGGGGGGUAGGCACAAGAGGUCAUGGCUGCUAUAAAUCUACUACCUGAACCUCAGGAAUUGGUGACAUUUGAGGAUGUGGCUGUGUACUUUACCCGAAAGGAAUGGCAAAGCCUGGCCCCAACUCAGAGGGUCCUAUACAGAGAUGUGAUGCUGGAGAAUUAUGGAAAUCUGAUCUCACUGGCAUUUCUGUUUCCUAAACCUGCUGUAAUCUCCCAGCUAGAGCAAGGAAGAGAGCCCUGGGUUCUGGAUCCACAGGGACCACUAGACAGAGAGGGCACCUGUUCUAAAGGGUGUCCACUUCUGAAACCUGCUGUGAUCUCUGAGCUUGAAAAAGAGGAAUCAGGGGGCACUGGUGUUCGAGGGUGUUUGAACAAAGAGGGUCUGCAAAGUACCGGUAAGGAUGGUGAGACCAAGACUAAGAAUGAAGAGUUGACUCCAAAGCAGGAAGUAUCUGGUAGAAGACAUCCACACAUGGUGUCAGUAGGAAUCCAAGUGAAUCUUCCUCGAAGAUCCAACCUUAAAGAAAUUAAUUCACUAAAGCAUAAGCUUGAGAAGCAGCAAAGAAAUCCCAAAGAAGACAAAAUGAGAAGAGAAGAGGGAGAUUUCAUGAAAAUGACAGUUAAGGAUGAAGGAGUGGGAAGGAAAUGUGAGACACAUAAAAAUAUAAGCAAAAAUGAUGGUGCUGUCUCACAUCUUGCAAUGCAUCAGAAAGUUCCUAGAGGACCUACAUCCUAUCAGUGUGAUGAAUGUGGCAAACAUUUCUCUCAGAGUUCAGAUUUCUUUCAACAUCAGAGAAUGCACUCUGUAGAAAAGCCUUAUGAAUGUAAGGAAUGUGGAAAAGCCUUCAGCUUUAAUUCAACACUUGUUCAGCAUCAGAGAAUCCAUACUGGGGAAAAACCCUUUCAAUGCAAAGAAUGUGGGAAAGCUUUCAGUUGUAGUUCACAUUGUACUGCACAUCAAAGAAUCCAUACUGGAGAGAAGCCCUAUGAAUGUAAGGAAUGUGGGAAAGCCUUCAGCUUUAAUUCAACACUCAUUCAGCAUCAGAGAAUCCAUACUGGAGAGAAACCUUUCCAAUGUAAGGAAUGUGGAAAAUCUUUCAUUCAAAAAAUAACCUUUGUACGGCAUCAGCGAAUCCACACUGGGGAGAAACCUUUUGAAUGUAAAGAAUGUGGGAAGGCUUUCAGUCUGAACUCACAACUUAUUCAUCAUCAGGCACUACAUACUGGAGAGAAACCUUUUGAAUGUAAGGAGUGUGGGAAAGGCUUCAUUCGGAACUCACAUCUUAUUCAGCACCAGAGAAUUCACAUUGGGGAGACAUUUUAUCAAUGUAAAGAAUGCGAGAAAUCAUUUAAACAGAAAGCAAGUUUAAAUAGGCACCAGAGAAUCCACUCUUGGGGAAAAUCCCAUGAAUGUAAGGACUGUGGGAAAGGCUUCAGCAAGAAUUCAGAUUUGAGCCAUCAUCAGAGAUUCCAUUCUAGAGAGAAACCUUAUGAAUGUAAGGAAUGUGGAAAAGUCUUUAUUCGGAACUCAAAUUUUAUCCGACAUCAGAGAAUCCACCCUGGGGAGAAACUUUUGAAUGUAAUUGUUGGUCUCUGUGUACCCCAAGUUCAAGUUAGCAGGCCUUCCACUAUCUGGCCUCACUUAACUUAUCCACCCUUAUCUUCUACUCUUCCCCAAACUGAUUCCUCCAAUCCAUCCAGUCCAGUCUCUUCACUGUCCUCCCCAGAUACUGUACCCAUUCCUACUUCUGAGCCCUUGCUAAUGCUGCUUCCCCAAAUGCCCUCACCUCUUCUCUCUCCCUUUCUUUGAUUUUUUUUAUCAGAAGUCUCAUGAAGUGUACCCCAUAUAUUCUGAGCUCACCAAGAUUUACACUUCCUAUUCUUUCCUAUUGCACCAAACAGGCCAAGAACUCCAGUUAGUAAUCAUAUAGUAUCUUGUAUUAUUUUCUUAUUUGCUCAUUGUUUUCAUCUCAACUAGAUUGUAAAUUCCUUAAAGGCAGAGAUUAUAUGGACAAUAAAAACAAGGUGAGAAGAUGAAUUGGACAAAGAUCAGUGAAAUGAAGUGUUUCCAGUUUAAAUUAAUUCAGACCAAUUGGAAGAGGCAUUGAAAUGAGUAUAAUGACUCUUCAAGAGAGCAAUAAUUGAGAGAAAGAAUAUAACUAGUCAGAAAUAGGUGAAAUGUAGAUGUUUCAAGCUAGACUUCGUAGAAUAUUUUGGAUGAAUAGAUCUGGUCCUUAAAUUUGCAUCUCCAGAAACUGAAUUUUAUUUUUCAUUCAUAUUAAACACAGAAAAUUGAUAUAAACCAAAAGUAUAAUUAAAUUUUAAGUAGAGAAAUGUCCUUUUUGUGACUGGAAGGAUUGUGUCUAUUCUCUCGCAAACCCCCUAGCUAAUAUCCAGAUACACGGGAAACUAAAUAAUCUAAUUGAUCUUAAUCAAAUAAGACAUAUCUAAAAUGAGAUUGCUGGGAAAUUGACUGUGGCAUGAAAUGUGUCAUUACAGAGCUUUUAUUUGCAUACAGUUGAAUUUAAAUAGGAUUUGCCCUGGGUAAAAAAAUCAUUAAAUUAGGCAAAGUCUGUCUUAGGCUGUUUCCAGUUUAAGCCUUUUUCUCCUGUUAAAGGAAUUUUAGGCAAGUGGGGAGAUAGCCGCUCUCUUGCUGAAAUACCUUUCAGGGCACUCCAUUGCCUAUAGAGCAAAAUACAAGUUCCUUAGCUUGGCUUUUGAGGUCCUCCAUAAUCUAACUUCAGCUUAUCUUUGUUGUUUUAUUUUGUUCUGUUCCCCUUCACACUCUGUUCUUGUCAAAUUGUUCUGAUCAUUGUAGAUCUAUGCCUUCUUGCGUCUGCUGAGGCCGUUCCCCAUCCCUAGAAAACAUGCCCUCAUCUCCACCAGUUAAAAUCUUUUCUUCAAGGAUCAGCUUAGUUGUUGCCUCUUCCAUGAAUCCUUCCCUGAUCUCCCUUGAUUGGGGUGUAGGAGGAAGCAGAAUGCAUCUACAUUCCUUGUAUUUACCUAUAACAAUUUUUCUGAAUCUCUAUCAUGAUUUUUGACAUGAAACUUGGAGUCCUAAACAUAGUAGGCAUCUAAUAAGUAUUUAAUAGAUGAGUUAGAGUCUAGGGGAAAACUUGAAAUCAUAUUGUCAGGGAAUGCACAUCUCCAUCUUUUACAUGAGGAUAAAAUGAAAGACAUUGGCAAGUACUUUGAAGUAACAGUUACUAAUUACUCUGAUUUAGCAACUCAACCUAUGAUUUCAUUGAUAUAGGCCCAGAUAAGAAAACUCCUACCUAUACAGGUUAGCACCUCCUCUGUAACUUUCUCUUAGCUGCCUCAGAAUGAGAAGUUCAGAGACUAGCCCAAAGUCACAUGGCCUGUAUGUGUUAGAGGCAGGACUUACCCUAUGUCUUCCUGGUUUGGAGACUAGCUCUCUACCCACCUUCUUAUUUCACCUUAUCAGGCUAAGUAACUCUGUCAAAAAGGAGAUUACAUGAACCUAGCCUGACUUGUUCUUGAUAAAGUCAUACUGGUUCCUUGUAAUCACUACUUCCACUUUAACUAAUUUUUCUUUUAAUGUUUUAGAAUUUUGCCAAGAAUCAGAUCAAAUUUAUUGGCUUGUAAGCUACAAAGAUUCCUUUGUUGUUGUCCUUUUUAGUCCAGUAAUCAUUCUUAGCAGCGAAACAAGAAACACAAGAGUUGAGCAUCUCUGCCUUCUGUCCAGUAUCAUCAUCCACUCCACCCCAAAUAGGAACUCAGUGCUUCUUUACCUUUACCCCAUAUAGCUUUUUAUAAAAUCCUUUUUGUCCUUAGCUUUCUUUACCAAUCUCAGCUCAGUUUGACUUAGCUUUAUUUAACACUCCUAAUACAGUUCUUAGUGAACCAUAUGCUUUUAUAUUAUAUGCAUUCUCUGUUAACUGCCUUUGCUUCCAUGUUUGCAUGUCUUUGGAAACAAUCUCGGUCCCUGAGGUAACUGAGUAUCUAUUAGUCUCUUCCCCUUUUUUCUCCUAAACAGAAUUGUAUCUCUCUGUCUCUCUCUUCUGUCUGGAUGGGGUUGAAGAUUUUUAUUCCAGAAAGUUAUGAAAAUAUCUGGCAAUCUACUAUAAGAAAUGGAUAUAAAAGAAUUCAAAGAAAUAUAUGGGGAGAUUUGUAUGAACUGAUACAGAGUGAAAUAAUUAGAACAAUUUAUACAAUGUCCACAGUACUAUAAAAACAGUUUUGAAAGGCAUAAAGAAUCACAGGUAAGGAUUCUUCUCAUAGUAGAGUUUGUGGAUAAUGGGUGCUGAAUGAGGCAUAUAUUGUCAGAACAGGACCAGUGUGUUGGUUUUUCACAGGGGAGGAUUCUUUGGAGGGAAGAGACCUUGGGAAAUGACAAUGAUAUAAAAGUAAAAGCAUCAGUAACAAUUUUUUACGGAAAAAAAGCAAGGACUGAAGGCUCAGGCAAGUCUAUCAUACAUUAACAGUAACUGAGAGCUUGUAAAGAAUCUGCAGGUUACAACAACUUGUCCAUGGACACUAUCGGAGGCGUGAGGCCAGAUCUUGACUUGAAGUCCAAUACUCUGACUAGUAUAGCACACUGACGGCUUUCCUGGAAUCAUCCAACUUUCUAAUGCUAUACAAAAAGAACUUUCUCCAUUGUAAAUGAUUUAAUGUUAUCAAUAUCCUGUUGUUCAUUUUUGCUUAAUGUUAUGUGGAUGAGAAUACAGGAGCCAUAACUAAAAAGUUUGGUUCCAACUGGGAUAGCUAAAUAGUUGGUGGGUUUUAAUUUGUCAGGCACCAAGGACAUUUAGCCAGUGUAGGUCUUUGGCCUCCUAAUUCCUACAUGAAUAUGGAAUAAGGAAUGAGAAAGGAAAAAUACUUGCAGAUUAUACAGAAGCUUUACACCUCUAUCCUGAAUACCUUCUUUGAAAAUUUAUGAAAGGAACCAGGAGGUGAUGAAUAUAACAAACACUGAAUAACAUCACAAAAAUAAAAAUAUAUCUGAAAUGA